UCCACCGGCUGCUCCCGACUCAAAGUGCUCACUUCAUCUGUGUCUGACUGCGGGGAAAGAGCUCGUGAUGCUGAGGAACGGCGCGCACAGAAGCAUGUACCAAGGAGAGGAGGUGAGGCUGCGCAGCGGGAGUCUGGCGCGGGAGAGGAAGCACCUUGCUCUGCGCAUUAAUAACCAGGAAGAAGUGAAGAGAUAUCAUCGCUACUGCAGCCACAGUGGAGGACAAGCAGCCCAGAAAGCUGAGAGAAGCUGUUCAUGUAGAAGUGAGGAGGAUGACAAUAGUCUUCAUCACCGUGACAAGCAGCAGCAUCUAGAAAUAAAAGCUAUUGUGAUCCAACGGGCCUGGCGUGCCAGUCUGUCCCGAAAAGUGAGCCCGGAGGUACAAGACGAGGACUGCAGCAGCCAUCACUGGGGAGAGAUGAUCCCUCCAGAGAACCUCCAUAACCCUGUGAUGACUACAAAUAUUUCUACGGAUCACCUAAAGAGCCUCCAGAGUGGCCACAAGCAUGCUAAUGAUGAAGGUCUCCAGCUGCAGAGUAAUCAUCUGACUAUGGACCUAGACAAUAACAUCAAUAUCAACCUGCCACCUGUUGAGACCAAGGUGUUGAUUAUCCAGCGGGCUUGGCGUGACUUCCUGCAGAGACAGGAAGUGGAGAAAAGGAGCCCCUCCCCUCCCUCACUCUCCUCUUCUGACAAGAUGAGCAUGUCAAUCAGCAUGAUGACCCUGUCAGAUGGCAGCACCCCUGACUAUCGAGAGGAUGGCAUGGACCUGGGGAGUGAUGCAUCCAGUCGCUCCAGCUCAGAGUCCAAUUCCAACAAGGUUACACCUUGCUCUCCUUCUCUUGACCUGGCUACCUUAGAGGACUACAAAUCUUCCCCCUCCCCAGAUCUGGUCACUUUAGAGGACUACGAGGAGGAUGAGGACUAUCAAGAGUAUAAAAAGAAGGUGAUAGAGGAGUGGGAGAGUGAGUAUGGAGAGGACUAUAUGUCUCCACAGCCCUCUGGUCAAGGAGAAAGCAGAGAGGGCAUAGUGAGUGUUGAGGCCAUUGGCAAAGGCAGGAAGACAGUAAACAGCCGCAGCCUCGCUGAAGAAUUCCAGGAUGUGAAGACGGUCCCGCCCCUGCCGGCCCCUGAAGGACACACUGCCACCUCGGUUGCAGCUGUCCCAGAGGAACUGAAACAGAAUGGAAAUCUGAUUUUGCCCAGGAGCAACCAGCUUGACUCCCCCAGCACACCACAGAGGGGUACAGGGAUUUCCAAACCCAGCCACCGCAGCUCCAGUCAAGGCAGGGGAAGGUGCAGCAGUGGAGGGGGUGGAGGAGGCAGAGGAGGAGGAGGAAGUGGGAGCACUGGGGGACUGGUGCGAGGGUACAGAGAGGAGGAGGGUGUAGAGGAGGAUCCUCUGCCCACCAUGGACUGGGCAGCCCUGGAGAGACACCUGGCUGGUCUGCAGUGCAGAGAACAGGAGAACCAAAACCUCAACCACAACCAGAACCACUGUAUGGGCAAGACCAACUACACCUCAGCCCAGAAGAAUGAGAGGGAGUCUAUCAGGCAGAAGUUGGCCCUGGGGAGUUUCUUCGAUGAUGGCCCAGGCAUCUACACAAGCUGCAGCAAGAGUGGCAAACCCAGCCUGUCCUCCCGGCUGCAGAGCGGCAUGAACCUGCAGAUCUGUUUUGUCAAUGAUAGCGGCAGCGACAAGGACAGCGAUGCAGAUGACAGCAAGACAGAGACCAGUCUGGACACACCUCUGUCACCCAUGUCCAAGCAGAGUUCCUCAUACUCGGACAGGGACACCACAGAGGAUGACUCAGAGUCUCUGGAGGACAUGGACUUUUUAAGUCGACAGAAGAAGCUGCAGGCAGAGGCAAAACUGGCCCUGGCUAUGGCUAAGCCCAUGGCCAAGAUGCAGGUGGAGGUGGAGAAACAGAAUCGCAAAAAGUCUCCAGUGGCCGACCUGCUUCCACACUUGCCUCACAUCAGCGAGUGUCUAAUGAAAAGAAGUCUGAAGCCCACCGACUUGAGAGAUAUGACACUGGGGCAGCUCCAGGUUAUAGUCAAUGACCUGCACUCUCAGAUAGAGAGUCUGAAUGAGGAGCUUGUACAGUUGCUACUGAUUCGUGAUGAACUGCAUAUGGAGCAAGAUGCCAUGCUGGUUGACAUAGAGGACCUCACCAGGCAUGCUGAGAGCCAGCAGAAACACUUGGCUGAGAGGACCCUAUCUAAAUAACAUGCUCAUCCUCCCUUCACUCUGCCUCCGUCUGCCAAGCUUAACCCUUGCUCCAAAACAAACUUUUCCCCUCCGGCCAUUCCACUUCUGCCCUGCGUCAAUCCCAAUCCUUCCUGCUUGUCUCAAGUAUUUUGCUCCUCUCUGCACCCGUAUUUCACCCCCUCUUUCCCCUCCUCUCCAACUUACUGACUUCAGUGGUAGCAGCAGCACAGAGGAAAGCCACACUCUUUCAUUUGCUUCUCCCAGUGCUAAGGAUGGAGAGUAGCACUUCCUGCUUCCUGGGAGAAGAGGAAACUGAUUGUGUCUUGUCAUGGAUUCUGUCCCCAGCUUCCUGUGCAGUGAUCGGCCUUGCUUUGCUAUUGUUUCUUUUUAACUUUCUACAUUUGCCACUAAAUUGUAAUUGUUCAAAUGCAAAAAUUGUGGGAAAAAAAACAAUAGUGAAAACUUUAGUAGAAAGUCAGUCAUGAGAAAAAGAAACAGCAGUGUAUAAAAAGAAAAAACAAUGGAAAACUAACUUCUUCAGACCAUUUUAAGUUGGACAGUAAAUUUAAAGUAUUUCAAAGUUGACCCGUUUUUAUUCUGCACAAAUGGUAGUUUUCAACUGAGAAAUGUUUAUUUGAAGGUGCUAAAAGAGUGUAAAGGAAACAUGCCUGCCUUGUAGUGGAGUUGUAGAUUUUGGUAAUACAUUUACUCUAAUUGCUCUUCAACAUUUUGUGAAUGUUGAUUUUCUGACACGAGUCAUUUUAAAUGAAUAAAUGUGUUAAUAUUGUUUUCAUCCUAUUGUAUUCAAAUACUUUAUUUGAGGGAAGAAAUGUUUAUGUACAGAUAUGUAAAAUAAAGAAUAAACUUUGUUUCAUA